AGGCACUGCAACCGGGGGACUGUAUUGGGUGGCACUUCCAUCCUCUUCCGGCGGGCCUGUUCGACGAGAAGAACAGAGAUUCUGCUGGUGGCGGUGGUGCGGAGGUUAUCGAACCAGCAGGGGACGAAUCGGGACGGGUACAGGGUGACACAGCCUCGGCCGCUGCAUGGAGCAGUUCGACUGCUCGAAUGAAAAAUGAUACAAUCCUCAGCACAUCCAUCCCGUCGCUCGUUGCGACCACAGGCAGCUGUGAGACUGUGAAUGAAGUCACUCACUUCUACUACACAGACGCGGGCCUGAAUAAGCGGAGAGCGUCGGAGUUGGCGCCGAAGCGGCUUUUCGUAGCGGAGAACUGCCUCGACGUCGCCGUGCGACAUUACCGGAUUGCGCCCCGGAUGAAGUGGUGCGAUGAGUCCGGAAAGGAACUUUUCACCAGCAGCCAAAAACGCAUCUGGACGCGCGGGUUGGUAUAGGAUUUUUGAUUCCACUUCUACUAUUGAUUGUCUAGUAUUUGCAGUGCCCGCGAUGCGUACUGUCGCAAAAGCGAGAUAUCUACUUCGGGCCCCUGCUCGAUGCGAAGUCGACAAGCGUGCUCUCCAUCAACACACCGUGAUCAUACAUUCUUGUUUCGCGCAACGAAAUAAGGCCAGAUCAUGUUAUUUGCAGGUUUUCCCUCACCAGCCGGUUGAAAGACGCGGGGUCGGAGACAAAGUUCUGGUUCACCAGGCCGGCGACCCCACUUCCCGCAACGAAGCCCGGCGUCCCCGGUGGACUCGAAGAAGACAGCACCACUGACCGCGUUCCCGCGACGGAGACGGAGUUGCAGCAGUUGCUUCCCAAACUGCAGCACAAACAGCUCUCGCUCAUCUGCGCCUACCUGCCCGAUUCCGCGGAAUACGCACCUGACUACCAGUUCGCGGUAAACGGGGUGCAGUGUCCGAAGAUAUCAGUAUCAAAAUCUCUCGGAGAUGAUGAAAACCAGCAGUACGAGAACCACUUUAUCACGAUCGGAAAUUUCGCUUGGAUGCAGUGCGUGCAGGAGCUGAUGGUCUUCCUAUCGGGAACCGACAUCGUCGGACAGCCUCAGUUUUCAGCCCCGGAUCUGGAAUACUUGCAGCGCCUGUUUGCAACGUUUUCAACAAGAAGGGCUGGCGGAUCUCUACAUCUUCCAGGCCAUAUGUUCACCCAUAGAGUAGUCUUGGACUACGAAAUUCCGCAACCGGCGCUGUGGGCCUGGGAAUGGGAGGACCACAGAGAUGAAAAUCAAAAUACGACCGAAAUGUUAAAAGCUGCAAAACCACCAAGUGCCGGUGGAAAAGUGGCGGACAUCAUCGACAUGGCUAUUUUGAAAGCCACAAGCGAAGAUACGAGAAGCCAGGAGCUUGGUCGUGCGGAGGAACGUCACUUGAAAUCACGGGCCUCGGAGCUGGAGGUCGUCGAGGUGGCAAGGACGGAUGAUCAUAGCAGCGAGAACGCGGCCCCAACUAAUCUGAACCUUGAACCUCUGACGGUCGUUGCUUCUCAACAAAACGGCCAGCGACAUCACAUUGGAAGUACUUCAAAGAUUCGGCCGUUUCUGCCUGUCACCGAUAAAAACCUUUUUGCCCUCACGACCCAAGACUUCCACAACAACGCGCUUUUGCUGGCCGCGCAGCGAAAACAGCUGGACCAGUUCCACCCGUUUGUCCAUCGAGAGUCUGCUUUGGCGUUCGUGGGUGCCGGAGUGCCCGUCGGCAAGGAUAACGCCGACAGAGUGGUCGUAUUGAAGACGGCAGGUAGUAGAACUACAGACAGCCCCGCACAGCAUAUCGCGAGAGGCCGGCUGGAGCUGUUUGACUACUACGACGGCACCAGUAGUACCCUUUCCUCGGCAGUAGAUAAAGGACAGCCGCGGAAGAGCAUAGACCAAAAAGCAAACAUCGUUGCACAAAAUCCGGAUCGGGUGCGACUGAACCCCUGGCUUGCGUACCUGAACACCAUCCAGGGCACUCUCCGCCGGAACUUUUUGAAGCUGAUGCAAAAACCGUUUCAGACGCUCCUGCAUGAGAUAAACUUCUAUCCGACGGCCGUAGUCACCGUGUGCCCGUACUUUCAUCGGUUUUUGACGGCGGGUGAAAACCAGGAAGGCCACGUAGCCGCCACAGAUAGAACUACAGAGCUUCGCAGCAGCACCACGAGCCUAGCGAACAAGCCGAGAUUUUUCCAGAUGCCUCUGAUGACCAAGAACGUGUUUCAACAACAAGGAAAAGAAUCGCAUUCGCAUGAAGUUGAAGAUCGAAAGAAGAUGGUCUCCUUUCUCCGCGAAGACCGUCCGAUAGACUUGCUGUAUGUUGGAAACAGUAUGGGGGAAAUGCAGUCGGAGCUGUUUGUUCCCAUGCCGCCGGUGACGACAAGCAGAAAAGGAGGUGAGCCUAUAAAGGUAGUCAGCACCAAGAGUGACCGUCAGCGUCCUCAGCCGAUCAGUUUCCUGCUCUUUGGGCACAAUCAGGAGCUGCUGGCGGAGAAGUACAUGCGAAUGCCAGGUGUAGUUGGUCCCGCUACUGCACCUGGUUUCGGUUCUCGUCCGGAGACGGACCAAAAUGAGGACAAUCGAGAUAUGAACGACAACACUGAGUCUGAGGAAGCCACAGGCGUGGACGCUUUAAAGCGGAACUUUCGGGAACGCCUCAACAUCGACUUACAUUUCCAUCCGAAGGCACUGCUGGAUGAACAUCAAUCGGGAAGCGAGGAGGGUCGUGUUUCCAAGCAACAGUCGAGAUCCAGUGCAGUUGCUGUAGAUGACCACACGACGACAAUUGCUGUAGAUGGCGAUCACGAUCAAGCAGACUCUUCAGAUAGACGAGGGCUACUGCUACAUCAAGAGCAACCUGAUGUUGAUCGUGCUGAAGUGGAAGCUAAAAACGCGGAGCAUUCCUACGAGAGCAAACUUCGUUUGUAUGGCAAGGCGAAGACCUGUUUCACCCACAAUCUGAUCGCCGUCGAGCCGAGGGAGACACAGUUUCUGACGAAAUGGGUCGGCUCGUUGCUGAGAAGAGCGCGACCACCACCUGCAGCUUCAGGUGGGCGGGACGGUGCUAGUGCAAAGCAAAGGCAGGAAGAGAACGACCGAGCUACAGCUACUCCGGGCACUUCUGCUGGCCGUGUAUUGUCCAAUCCACUGCUGGCAGAUUUCGUGCGGCUAAGUGGUACUUCUGAGAAAUCACAACCUGAAGAAGGUGGCGUGGCCGUUGUCGAUGAUGAUGCUUCCGUCUCCAGCACUCAAGAAUCGCAACAGCUCCCGAGCUUGGAGGACCAUGACACCUUGCGCCAUCAUGAUUUUACUUUCGCCAAACUGAUAGAAAGGACGAUACUCCUCAGCAAAAGGAGCCGCAGAAGCGCAAAUACCGGCCCAAAAAAAGCCUCUUUCAAAGAAGAAAAUUACGGGGGUACGCACAGUUCUAGUACUUUCGCAGUCAGAGAGGCUCCGAACGAUGAGGAACAAAUUCGCACGACAUUCCAACUCCCCCUCCUCGGCUACCCCUCCGGCCUUCCCGUGGCCCGGCUGCCGCAGCUGAAGGCCCGGGGCUUUGAAGCUGCGAUGGGAAGGUGUUUGAACUUGGUGUUGUUCGAUCACUGGAACGUCUUCGAGCAGUUUUUCACCCCCGGGGAGGAUUUUCUUUACGUCUUGAACAUCAACGAGGCGGUCGCAAUCGCGCGGUGGGUCAGUGAGAGUAUCUUUGGUUCUAGUUCAGGAGAGAGGAUAGAGCUACAGGCUGGUGGUGGUGGGGACGAUUAUCCAGAUCGUCAAAACGAGGACAUGCUUGUGCACCAGAAAAAUCUUCUCAGCGACCGGCAAACAAUGGAAGCAAUGCUAGAGUCAGCCUACGCACGAGCAAGCACAAACUACACGUUUGACUGGUUCGGACGGGAGUUGCCUGGACUGCUUUCCAACACUGAAGCUUCAGUAUGAAGAUGAUUGAUGAAACAGCCACGCGUAAAAGCUGUUGUUGAAGUUGUCACAUAAGUUAUAAAGAUGUUGCACUUUCAGUAGCUGUCAGGCAUGAACACGACCACCGCUGAGGUUGCGCCUGCUAGUAC